ACGCCGGCCUCCAUAGCAACACCGCGACUGUGUUCGCGCCAAAACAUGUGUGACAUAUAAAAUAGGCGCGAAUAGUAUCAAAUUAAAUGACACAUAAACAUUUAAAUCGUGCGUUUAAAUUUAUGUGAAAUGGCACGUUUUAUCAAUAUCGGUUGUGUUUAUUUAAAACAGCGGUUCUUUUUGAUAUCAUGGAUCUCAUUAGUUAUUUAUCUUUUUUACAACACUUUUAUUUAUUAUUACAACAGUCGACAAUUUUACUACUUAAGACAAAUAUUGGGGGUCGGCUUAUGCUUGUCCCGGGGUACGGCAACAGUUCUAAAUGUUUGUUGCGCAAUUAUUUUACUGCCUCUAUGUAAAAAGUUGAAUCAGAAAUUAUAUCGCCUCUUUUCCAAACUAUGCCCGGGACUAUUUUUCCUUUGGUUGGAGAAGGCGAAGAGUUUUCACAUGACAGUUGGCAUUACGUUGGUACUCUUUGGCGUGACACACUCCGUAUCACAUUUUGUUAAUCUGUGGAAUUUUUCACGCAACUUCGACGAGGAGCGGAUCGAAAUUAAUUUAGCUAGAUACAAGAAUGAGAAUCCCUUAAAUCUCUUGAUGAGUCUGCCAGGCGUGUCUGGGUUGUCGAUGUUACUUAUAAUCAUAAGUAUGGGAGUGACGUCAACACGGGUGGUGCGCAGGAGAUUGUACAACGCGUUCUGGUAUACCCACCAUUUAUACCUUCCAUUUAUGGCUCUACUGAUGAUACAUCCGAUAAGUGGAGUGCUGAAAGAAGAGAUUCUAGACUCUAGUAUUAACACUAGUCAAAUGUAUGAGAAUAAUGAAACAGUAUUAUAUUAUGUUCCUAAAUUUCGUGCUAUCAAACCAAAGACUUGGCUGUGGAUGGCUUUGCCACUAACGUGUUAUUUUUUGGACUUAUUUUGGAGGAUUUUCACAAGAAAUUUGUCAAAAGUGGAUAUAGUCAAAGUACGACACAUGCCCGGCAGAACCAUAAGCUUAUCGCUUCGAUGUUACGAGAACUUCUCCUGUCGUAUGGGGCAAUACGUUCUGGUACAAUGCGCAGAUGUCUCUAUGAUUGAGUGGCACCCAUUCACCGUUGUCAAGAUUCCGAGCACCGAUAAAGUGUUUGAACUAUGGAUCAAGGUGAAGGGGGAUUGGACGGAAGCCUUAGAAAAGGUGCUGUUGGAGCAAGAACACGACAAAAUUAGUGUGCUUAUAGACGGACCCUUUUCAAGUCCAAUGGAAGGAGUGUGUAAGAGCGAGAUAGCCAUAUGUGUCGCGGCUGGUGUUGGCAUCACCCCAUUUGUUGCUAUGUUGGAUAAUCUGUGCAGUAAUCCACGAAGUCGUAAUCCAGGAAGAAUUCAUUUAAUAUGGAUAGUCCGAACUGAACAAGAAAUUCACAAACUCCUAGAACUUGCAAAUAAAUGUAUCAGCGAGCUGAGAAACGCAAAUCGUCCAGAUAGACUCCACUUAGAAUUAUACGUUACACAUUCUAAAACAAUUGCAACGCAUACAAUACAAAUAAACAAAAAAGGAGACUUAACCCACGUUUUGAAAAGAGAUAAGUUGAGUGAAGAAGAGAAAUCCCUUCUCACUCCAAAAUAUAAAAGACACACGCUUAUAGAUGUGAAAGUUCAUAAGGAUUUUGUUAAGAAACCUAAAGAUGAAGAUGCUCUUUUGACUCCGAAAGUUAAAAAGAAUAAAAUUGAUAUUAAAAUGAGUAAUGGAGAAAUUAAUAUCAAAAUUGACGGAAAGUGUGACUUGAUUAAGAAUUAUCCUCUCGUUGCCUGUAGGAUUAGACGGGGGAGGCCUUAUUGGGAUCGAGUUUUUGGAUAUUGGGUACAUUUGUAUCCAGGACACCAUAUCAACCUUUUCUGCUGUGGACCAAAGAAUUUAGUUAACUUACUAAGAAAUAAAUGUAAGAACACUUCCUUGAACACGAAGACAAAGCUUACAUUUAUUCAUGAAGCUUUUUCUUAAUUCCUGCUUCUGUAUUGACUGAUUUAGAAUAAAUACUAUUUCUUUA